AUGCGGCCUCCUCCCACGUCAACUGCGCUUCAGGGGCGAUUCCUAUCAUCCUCUCCCGUCCACACUCCUUUGCCGCUUGGUGUUGUACCCGUUUUCCAGUCAUGGAACCAAUUCGACGCCUCUGCGCAGAGAUGGGCGCCAGUCAACUCCAGUUCCCUGCCCAGUGGAUCGCACGCACUCGACACUAGCUCGAACCUCGCACUUGUGACUUGGAACGUGGAUGCAGGCACGCACUCGCCAGGAUCUCGCAUGUCCUCUAUUUUAUCGCAUAUUCUCAGCCAAACCCCAGCUCCCCAUGUCGUCUUCCUCCAGGAAGUCUCGCGACCCGCCCUAGCAACCCUCUUACAGGAUCCACGGUUGCAGCAAAAUUGGCUCUCGAGUGAGGCAGACGAAUCAAAUUGGAGAGGGCACAUUUUUAUGACCAUGAUUAUUCUAUCCAAAUCCCGCUUCGGUCACAUCCACGGCUCAUCCUCGCCAACUGCCCUUGGCCUUGGACCAGUGUGGAGAGUCAACUACCCGAGCCGUUUUGGGAGAGACGCGCUCUGUUGUGACAUUCUCGAUCCCUCAACCAAUGUAGAUCAAGGUUCUCGCAUCCGUCUGGUCAAUGUACAUCUCGACUCCCUUGCCCGCCAGCCGUCUCGCCGCCCGCAGCAGUUGUCCAUCAUUGCCUCCAUGCUCAAGAUUGCCGGUCGGGGUCUCGUUGCAGGCGAUUUCAACCCUGUGCUUCCAGAAGAUGCGACCCUGGUGGAAGAAAACGAGCUCAUUGACGCCUGGACGAGGUUACACGCCCAAGAACCUGGCUUCACCUGGGGGAUUGACGGCACGCAAGCUUUUCCACCAUAUCGACUAGACAAGGUCGCCGUUACAGGGUUGGAACCAGAGGAGAUGGAGGUGAUGCACCCAGGUGUAUUUUCUGGAUCGGGGGACGCCAGCGCCGAACAUGGAGAACCGGAUUGGGGACCAGCGCCAUGGAGCGAUCAUUCUGGUCUAAGGUGUUCCCUUCGCAUCCGAGACGAACCGGGACCUAACCCUUCUUGA